UGUAUCAAACCAUAAACAAAUUAACCGUCAUCAAGAGUACAAAGUCUAGCGCAGCUCAAACAGAACAGUUGCAUUGUUUGUGUGUUUUAUUUUAUCUAGCUAUUCUUGAAUUAGGAAGCAUCAGUGUACUUGAACGUGCAGUGUUUAAACCAGAUUUUAAAGAGUUUAAUUUUUCUUCACCGCGGUACAAAAUGAAGAUUUACGUUGCUGUUAUUACAAUCGCUUUGAUUGCUCUUGCCGCUACCGAACCACCAGCUCCACGUAACGGUUUCACUUCUUCAUCGAGCAACUAUCUACCUCCCAACCAAUCAUUCAAUGGGAAUAAUGGUUACAACUAUAACUCAAACGACAAUGGUUACAACUACCCCUCCUCGUCAAAUGGGGAAAAUUACCCAGCAACAUCGCAGCAGUACGGACCGCCCUUGGGAAAUGACGGGAACGGCGGAUACAACUACGAAGAUGCUAACGUACAACCUGCCAAAUACUCAUUCGAGUACAACGUACAAGACUUCACCUCCGGCAACGACUUUGGACACAUGGAAUCCCGUGAUGGUGACCGAACCGUUGGACGCUACUUUGUUCUUCUUCCCGACGGUCGCAAGCAAGUUGUAAACUAUGAAGCCGACCAAAAUGGAUACCGGCCAACAAUCACGUAUGAAGAUAUCGGUACUGGAAACGGAGCUAAUUCAAAUAACGGAGCAUAUGAAGGGAAUGGACAGUUCAACGGCUAUCAGUAACCUUUUGAGCUAAUUUAAAUAACGGAUCAUAUGAAGGGAAUAAACAAUUCAACGGCUAUUAGCAGCCUUUGACCGAUUGCAAUGACACUGAUCCUUUAGAUAUUGUAGAUAUUUCCUGGAAACGCUUGCAACGCACUGUAGCUAUACGAAUGUACCAGAUGGAUUAAACGCUUGUCAAAAUAUUGUACUUUCCAUUCCACGUUGUAUUAGUAAUGGAUACUUCUCCUGUCAUCAUUCCACCAAUAGCCUCCAGUUAAUGACAAACAUACACAGCGUGUGUAAUUUAUACAAGCACAAAUCUACGAUCCGACCCUUCCAAUACUUACUUAACACAUUUUUGAUCAAAGCCAAAUUUGAUCUAGCGGAAGAUUCAGCAGUAGAUAUCAAUGAAUCACAAAAAAUACGGAAACCCCCACAAGAAUAGGAACUACAUUUAGAACGGAACAAAAAGGCUCACCCAAAGGGAAAAUUCAAGAACGAAAAAAAUGUUUGAGUGAAUGUUGAAAACAUUGUCAUAUCCCUUGCUAACAGAUAAUACUUUUCAUGACAUUUUUAACAUAUAUUGCACAACGACAUAAUUCAAUCCACAACAGACCCCAUAAAGGUCAUAAGAUAAGUCAAGGUUAAGAUUACUUCUUUUCUGUACAUUUUAAAUACGGUUGCUUUUGUAGAAAUGUGCCUCUUCUGUUUUAGGAUUGACACGGUUAUGCACAUAUUAAGAAAAUAUAUUGUAAUUACUUUAUAUGAGUAGAAGAUUUUAAGUAAAAUAAAUUUUCUCAGAAAUCUGCGUAACAUCAA